UGACACUUUUUGGACAUGGACAUUUUUGUCCUCUAUGGACCCAUGUGUUACUUUUUUAAAUUGACGCACAAGGGUUAAAAAGAAUGUAAAAGUGUACUUCUGCGCCUGUCCUUCUCUUAUGUUGUGACAUUAAUGCCUUUUUGUUUUUGUUUUUUUGUUUUUUUUUUUACAUGGAUCCGACAUGUCAAGCAAUUUGUUAUUCAAUCACGGGCUUUAAGACGCUUUUUUGGGGUUGGCUUUAAAGACCCACGGCUUUAGGAUGUGUGUAUAAGGAUGUGAGUGUGACAGAUGGUUACCACAGUUUCCACACUGAGGAUGAUGGUGAUGAUGAUGGUGAUGAACGGCGGAGCCCCUCCUUGUGAGCGCGUGGUCUUUUGUGGGGUGCCCUGUUACCAUGGACACGGUGCAGACGCGUGGACGUGACGAAGAGGCGUCAAAAGUGGCGAUGAUGAAGCAGGCAAAAAACUCAUCCAGCUUUAGAACUUCAUAACAGCCAUAUGACCGGAUCGCGCAUCUUUUGGGGUCCGUUUAAUUUUUUUUUAAAUCUGUUCAAAUGAAACCAUGACGUUAACGGAUCUAUAACGCUUGAGAAACUUGAAGGUGGGAAAGAAAAAAAAAAAGAAAAAAAAACACUCAAGACUUGUGACUCCUCAUGGCCAAACUUCGGUUUACAUGGUUUGUUCUUCUGAGUAUGAUGACACUGCAAACGGAUGCCAUGGAGACAGCGAACGUGGUGGAUUUCUGUGGCCAGACGGUACGGGGGGACGGCAUGAUCGUCCGGUCCCACCAGGAAUCGCGCAGGUACUACUUUGUCAGCAUUGGCACCGACUGCCACCUGACCAUGCAGGCAGCCACGCCCCGCGACAAGGUGCAGUUCCAGUUCCGCUUCUUCCUGGUUUACAGCCUGCUGCGCGUGUCACCCUUUAGCCCCGUCCCCCUCGCCCCAGAGUCGGCCUGGGGUCCCGCGAAUUCGGGUUCGACACGGCCUGACCAGCUCAUGGAGCCCACAACGGGCGAGGGCCAAGGAGAUCCGUGUCACGCUGGCUCUUACAUCCAGUUCUUUGAUGGUCGGGAUAAGAUGGCGCCCCCUAUCGGGCCUCCCCUUUGUGGAAAGAGCCUGCCACGCCCAGUCCUGUCCACUGGAAACUAUCUGACUCUGCGACUGGUGACCAGGGGGACUCAGCCACGCGUGGAUUUUGUUGGGGACUUCACCUCGUUCAGGCUGGGGUUUAAUCAGUCUGAAUGCAGCAGUGAGCCUUACUUCACCUGCCAAAAUGGAAAAUGCAUCCCAAUGAGUCUGGUGUGCAACGACGACAAGGGAAUCGACAACUGCGGAGAUGGAACCGACCUGCAAGAUUACCCAAGAUGCACCAAUCUGUUGUCUACGGCUAGCACACGUCAGACGUAUGUAACUCCUCCACCCAUGUUGAAUGUGGCCACCAUGAGGGCAUCAGCUGUGGAGAAGUGCAACGACCCAAACUUCAUCCCUGGCAUCGACUGUGUCACCGGUAGGCUCGAAUUUAGUUAAAAAAAAAAGCACUUUUUCUGGAUUUUUGCUGUGAUUCAAGAAGUUCAGUCACAUUUUCAGUCUGUCAAAUUUUUAUAUAACGUUUAUCAAUGUUAAUGUUAAUCCUAACAAUGUUAUUUUUUAUAUAACUGGUAAUGUUGUCUGA